AUGGCAUACAACUUUAGAGCAGGUUCAAGAGUAGAAGUAAGGAGUGAUGAAGAAGGUUUCAGAGGUGCAUACUAUGUGGCCACCGUACUAGAAGAUCCGAAAUUCGAACAAUGUAUUGUAGUAUAUGACCAACUGAGUGAGAGUGAGGAUCCGAAUUCCAGGAAUUUAACUGAGAAGGUUCAUGUCUCAAGAUUGAGACCUCUGCCUCCUCUCAGUAAAGGUGAGAUGAUCAAGGUUCACGACAAUGUCGAUGCUUAUUAUAAUGAUGGAUGGUGGCCUGGAGAAAUUGUUGAAAGUCUUCAAGAUGGCAAGUUUUUGGUUUACUUUGCUGAUCCUCCAGACCAGCAGGUAGUGGAAAGAAAUGAUCUUAGGCAUCAUUUGGAAUGGGCUAAUGGGAAAUGGAAAAAGCCAAGAAGAAAGAGCCAGAUUUACAAGAUGAUUACCCAAGGAUCAGCAGUAGAAGUAACUUUUGAAAGAGAAAACUAUAGUGCAUGGCAUGUUGGAAAUGUCUUGCAAGUUAAAGGAAACAAUAAAUUCUUGGUAAAGUUCCAGUUCCUCGGAGUGGACAAUAAACCUGCAUGCACUACAGAAACCGUUGAUUUCCCCUGUAUCCGACCUUUCCCCCCACAGCUAGAGGAACAGGAUUUUUCUGUGCUUGAUAAAGUGGAUGUAUACUAUAAUUUAGGUUGGUGGAGUGGAGUGAUUCAUAGAAUUCUGAAUGACAUGAGGUAUGUUGUCAUUACACAAGCAAAUGUCAAACUGAUAUGCAUCUGUUCUCACCUGCGGCCUCGUUUGGAUUGGAUUGAUGGCAAAUGGACCAUUACAUCCCGGAAUACUCAAGCACUCCUUAGUUAUAACGAGCCCUUGAAAAGUAACAGAACAAGGACCCCGAGUAGAAAACAACAGGCUAAGAAAUACCGUGGUACAGCAGGGAAGAUGAUUGAUGAUGCAGUCCGCGCUGAUGAACCUGAUAUGCAUGUUCAUGAAGAAUUGGGUACAUUGUCUGAGACCCCUGUCAAUGAAAAAGUAAAGAGACAUAUCAGUGAUCAAAACAAGCAGUGCAUCGAAGGAUCAAGUGGAACUAAGAGAACUCGGAACAGGAAGAGGGGAAGACCACAAAAGGUUUCACUUGAAAAUCAGAUAGGCAAGGACAAUCUAAUGCUCACGACAGUUGAUAAUCAACCUGCUGAAGGUCAUUUUACGCUCUCUUGUAAGGACUAUAUGAAUUUAAUUAUAUCUGAAAGGAAGAUUCUGACCCGCCUUUGUAGACGCAAUGAGUUAUUAAGCAGAACAGUCGUAUCUCCAGGUGAGAACCAGUCGGACAAAACAGGGGCAAGUACAAGAGUCAAGAUGUUCCUCAAUGAAUCUCUGUGUGAUGCACAUCCAGAACUGAUGCCAGACACUUAUCUAGCUGAGGACCAGGUGGCCAAGGAAUCUUUGAUAGAAAGGCAUGGAGAAACAAGUAAUAUUGCAGGCACUCAAUCUCAAAAUCAAGGUGUGAAAUCAAACAUCCCAGUGGUUGAGCACCAGGAUACUCAAACAAUUGCAGGAAAUGGAGCUACCACAAAUGGAAGUGCUUCUAAAGCUCAAGAUGUGCCACUGUAUCAAUGCGCGAAUGCAAGCUAUGGAGAAUCUAAUAAUGAUGCAAGUUCUGCAUAUGCUUCAAAGGCUAUAAUUCCGUUUUCUCCACUGCAGAAAACUGAUGCAAAUUAUCCAACUUGUGAACCGGCAACACCCUCUGCAAUCAUAAGCUGCGAUGGCAGGGACAAAAACGUACCAUUCUUUAAGUCCUCGCCGCUAUGGAAAUCUCUGGAGUCUAUGGAAAUAUUUAACAGGACACAACUAAAGCCACACUUCAAUCCGCUGGCAAAAUGUCGAGAAGAGACUCGUGAAGGAUUGGCAAUAGGCCAUAUGGUAACAUUUUCAUCCGUGGCUGAAAAAACGUUAAAUUUGCGGUUCUCUGAUCCAAGCAGUGUCAUUAUAAACAAUCUGAAAACUCUGGUCGAGUUGGAGAAACAGGGGUUUGAUGUUGAGCCAAUUCGAGCACGGUCCAUGACGUUGUUGGCUAAAAAGGAACAGGAGAGGAAACUUGAAGCAGAGUACAAAAUGAUCGAAAAUGAGAUAACAAACAGUGAGCAUGAGAAAGAUCGACUGAGCCAAGAGAAGAUCCAAAUCAAGGCGACAAUGAAAGAGCUGGUGGAAAAGCUUUCUUGGAUUGAUUCGGAGAAGGGGAGGAAAGACGAGAAGAUUUCCACAUUGCGAUCAAGACAAGAAGCUAUCCGUGAAAGAGUCCGUGGCGUCGAAGAUGAGUUCGAAAAUGCUGCUAAUUGUCCAUUCAAUUAGAAGCAAGUUCAAUAUUUUGGGUGUUGGUUUGUUUGUGUAAGGAAGUGACUAGGGCUACUGACUGAGCUCAAUUUUUGUUGCGGAGCAUGUGUGUGCAAGUGUACAAGCUCCCUCAGGAGCCUGG